GGUAACGCGGGUGUUCCAGGUUCGGCUGUUCCAACAGCUGACCUUCAAUUAGAAUACGUCCCUGCUGGCUUCAAGAGUUCGACCCUCGGCCUCUUAUGUAUCUUUAUGUCUCUGCUGUGCUAGGAAAUACACACUUCAAGCCUCGGUCAAAGGUAGCAGAUUCGUGUUAGGGUAUUACCGCAUGACGUGAUUUUAUUUUCGUACAUAAUAGUAUAUUUUUGAAGAAGUGCACUGAAUCAUUGGGUUUGUGGCUGAUAUUGAAAAAACUUCCUGGGUCUGCCCCUGACCCAGGCUCCCAAACUUCAAUUCGGGUAAAUUGGUCACUGUUCAACCCUACCCCUUUUUCUACCGCAGAACGCCAGUUUCUCCAUAGUGGUGCUGGUGUCCUAUAUUUCUUCAUGUACGUGUAGGUCUCUUUACCGAAAUUAAAUAAAUCUAGGAUUUUGGUUCGAAAUAUAUACAUGGAUGUAGAUACAGAUGCUGAAAUAUAAUUUUAGCAUUUAAACUUUAAUCAAUCAAUAGUCAGUUUUCGAUAACCAUUUUCCAUAAAUUUUGACAAAAAUGAACUCUCUUUUUAGAAAAUUCCAAUCUUUACAGACUAUUUUACUCCAAACCUCGAAAAGGUCAUUUCUUUUUCCAGUUCUUAAACCUUUCCAAAACCCUCAAGUUCGAUGUUUUCAACAUUUAUUGCAAAGACAUUUUUCGGCCCAGUCAUCAAAAUUCCCAGAAUAUGAGAUGCCUUCUGUUACAUGGGGCGUGAUCCAAGGCCGAAAGGAAAAGCUCGUGUCCAGGGUCAUUAUUUGUGACUAUUUGAAAACAAUAGGUAUACUCACUGAUGAGCUGGAGGACCUUGAAUUGCCAUCAACAGUUGAAGUGAUGCGUGAACGUGUGGAGUUUUUGCAGAAGCUAGGACUCACGAUUGAUGACAUUAAUGAGUACCCACUAAUGCUUGGCUGUAGUGUACGAAAAAAUAUGAUCCCUGUUUUAGGAUUCUUAGAGAAGAUUGGGAUCCCGAGAGCGAAGAUGGGUGAGUUUUUGAAGAAUUAUCCACAGUGCCUUCAUGCUAGUGUGGUGGUGGAGCUUGUACCUGUGCUUAAAUUUUUACGGGGGCUUGAUAUUGAGAAGCAAGAUAUUGGGUAUGUUUUGAUGAAAUAUCCGGAGUUAUUAGGGUUUAAGCUAGAGGGGACAAUGAGUACCUCUGUAGCAUAUUUAGUUAGUAUAGGGGUAAAUCCAAGGGAUAUAGGCCCUAUGGCAACACAAUAUCCGUAUUUCUUGGGAAUGAGGGUUGGUACCAUGAUUAAGCCGCUUGUGGAUUAUUUGGUCUCAUUGGGUUUACCAAAAAAGAUUUUGGCAAGGAUGUUUGAGAAGCGGGCAUAUAUACUUGGGUAUGAUCUUGAAGAGACUGUGAAACCAAAUGUUGAUUGUCUAAUGAGUUUUGCGAUUAGGAAGGAAGCGCUUGCUUCGGUUAUUGCACAGUAUCCACAAAUUCUUGGACUGCCUUUGAAGGCUAAAUUGUCAUCACAACAAUACUUCUUCAACUUGAAGCUCAAGAUUGAUCCUGAUGGAUUUGCUCGUGUGAUUGAAAAGAUGCCACAAAUUGUUAGCCUCAACCAAAAUGUGAUUAUGAAACCUGUUGACUUCCUUCUUGGUCGGGGUAUUCCUGCUGAUGAUGUGGCAAAAAUGGUCGUUAAGUGUCCUCAAUUACUUUCUCUGCAAAUUGGGCUCAUGAAAAACAGUUAUUACUAUUUCAAGAGUGAAAUGGGCAGGCCAGUGAAAGAGCUUGUAGAGUUCCCCGAGUACUUUACUUACAGCUUGGAGUUAAGGAUUAAACCAAGGUACCAAAAGUUACAAAGCAGGGGGAUUAGAUGUUCUCUCGCAUGGUUCCUCAAUUGUAGUGAUCAGAGAUUUGAAGAGAGAUUGAAAGGUGAAUAUAUUGAGGCAGAGAGUGUCGGUCCAACAUUUAUUAUGGGUGGCAAGUUGGAGCUUACGGGGAGUGAGAUUGUGUCAGAAGAAGAGUAUGAGAGUGAUGAUGAAAUACUUUAUAGACGCACUGUUUCCUUGUAAAAUUUGUUUGCUGAUGAAUCAUUUAUCAUUUCAUCAUUAUCUUAUGAUUAUAUCACAUAUAUUACCCCCCACUCAAUUUUUUUCUGCCCUGAUACUUCAUGUGGUGUUGCUGAAGCACAUUAUUUACUGGGAUUUCUGGUUUCGAUUGUCUGUCUUUGCAAUUUAUUACAUGGUCCUAUGGAUUUGUAAAAUGCUUCAAUGUAAUUCAACGAGCCUGAAAUGUUAAUUUUCAAUUGUGAUUCUUA